CGGUUGCAGAAUUGAUUCGCUUGAACGAUCCACCCACAGUUUGAAGGAGCUUUAAAUUAUGGGCCAUUAUUAGUCUUUGGAAAAGGACAGUUUGCAGUUUCUUGGGGUGCUUGAAUUCUCACCAUAGUCAUGAGUAGCUCACCAACUUUGUCUAAAGGUGAAGUGAUAACAGCUCUGUCUGUCACUGCUGGAGCCAUGGCCAUCGGGUUCCUGAUCCACAAAACACUGUUUUCCAAAUCCAAAUGCACGAAGCCAAAAGUGAACCUGGACCUUCAGAAAGACAACCCCAAAGUGGUGCAUGCUUUCGAUAUUGAGGAUCUGGGGGAUAAGGCUGUGUACUGUAGAUGUUGGAGAUCUAAGAAGUUUCCAUACUGUGAUGGUGCUCAUGCAAAACACAACCAGGAGACGGGGGACAACGUGGGCCCACUGAUCAUUAAAAGAAAGGAUGCAUGAGUGUGAAACUUGGUCUACUCACAGUCGACGUUCGCAAUCACAUUAAAGCACUGAUGGAGAUUAAUAUA